GAAGAAGAUGAUGAGAAUGCCUACAACAUUCGUCAUGAGUCUCUUCCCCAGGAGCCUAUCUAUGAUAUUCGACUUCAGAAUGCGCUGCGAGCUGUCAGGAGUGAACUAACGAGUCUUACACAAAUAAUGAGCGGUAACGCCCUUGCCCACGACAAUACUAGUGACUUGUCCAAGCUUUAUGAGAAGACACGUGAAGCAAGUCGACUCGCUUAUCCAGCGACACGCACGGUAGGAUUCAUCGGCGACUCGGGUGUUGGGAAGAGCAGUUUGAUAAAUUCACUUCUAGAUCAAGAGGGCUUGGCUCGGUCGAGCGGAGAUGGCGCUGCCUGCACCACUGUCGUUACCGAAUUCCGAAGUGUAAAUGAUACCUAUCCAGAAAACUAUACUGUUGUUGCAGAUUUCAUGGACAAUGACGAGAUCCGUGAGCUCCUCGAGGAGCUUUUAUCGAGCAUUCGGAAAUACUACACCGAAGCCUUUCGUGAAGUGAGAACGUCGGAAGAGCAGGAGAAUAUCAUAGUUGCGGCCAAAAGAGCCUGGGACACCUUGAAAUCCCUCUUUCCUCAUGAGCGGAACCUGGACAUUGACUUCCUUGCCCAGGAAGGAGACGAGGCCGUCGCCGCAAUCAUGAGGACCUUGCUGGAGUGGGCCAUGGCGGGCUUAGAUACCCGACCAGGAGGGCGUGAUAACCUACAGUAUACGGUUGUGUCUCACCAUGCGGAUCAAUGCAUGAAGCAUCUUGACAGACUGAUGGCCAAUGAUGACGACGGUAAUAACCCUGCUUUGUGGCCGUUUGUGAAGUUGGUCAGGGUCUAUUUGCGCUCGCCCGUUCUACGCACGGGUUUAGUUUUGGCCGACCUCCCAGGAUUUCGCGACUUAAACUACGCUCGAGUGCGAGCGACGGAAAGGUACCUACGCCACAGCUGCGACGAGGUUUUUAUUGUGAGUAAUAUUAUGCGAUGUACAACCGAUCAGUCAAUAGGCGAUAUCAUCCGUCGAUGUGCGCGGGGUCAGCCUAUCCGCAUUGUGUGUACUCGCUCCGAGGACGUCAAUUCAGAAGAGACGGCACGUACCGCUGCUGCAGCAGAUGCUGUACGUAUCCGGAAUAUGAACAACCAAAUCCGGCAGCUCGAUAGCAGGAUCAUGCAGAUAGGUACUCGCAGGCGAAAAGCGCACGGAAGUAGGAUGCAGAGUCUCGCUGCAGAGGAAAGUAACCUCAGGGAUCAGAAAGAAACCCUUGAGCUUCAGUUGAUGAAAUUCCUCGUCAUUCGAAGAAAUACAUCUGUGACCAACUCUUUGUUGCAUGCCUGGGGGGAUAUGGCUCGCAUAUUGUGCGUGAGCAAUAAGCUCUACUCUGACCAUCGAGAGGACGAUCCACGACAGGCCAAUGAAUAUUUGGCACUCAGUGGUAUCCAAGAACUUCGACGGUACUGCCAAUCAGUGCCGGCAGAUGCGCAGUUCCGAGCCACGGUGUCAUAUCUCCAGCAUGAAGUACCAGCGCUGCUGGGUUCUAUCACGCAAUGGGUCUUAGCAGGGACUAGCAGCAUGACUAUGGCCCGGGCAGAAGUCUUGCGACGGGUUUUGACUGAAGCUGAAAGCACUCUGAAAGGGAGCACGACUCGUGAUGGCUCGCAUGUACACUCAUUACAGAGUAGCCUCAGGAGGAAAUUUUCCGAUGCCAUUACACAACAAAUUCGCCGAAGUCGACUUGAUUGGAGGGACGAUGCAGUCGAGGCGAGCUUGGAAUGGGCAAAUGUAAGUGGGACUCACAGUACCUUAAGAAUAUUCGUACCUGAUUUUGGCUACUUGCAGUGGCACCACAUGACAUAUGCAGCGUUCUGUCGCAACUACGGAACGUAUGAAACGGCGAAGCAACCGUAUCGUUGCUGGAACGAAGAGAUUCUCGGCUCGGGAAUUGACCAGCUAUCUCUGGCGUGGGAUUCCGUGCUCAACUGGCUUGGAGAAGAGGGUAAGAAGAUCGAAGACGAAAUCUCCAGGAUAUUUCAAGGGGUACAUGAUUCUAUACACGAGCAACGGGAUCUGGCCCCAGAAAACCUAGGAAACUUGCUUCUGAACCUCCGAAUGCGACGGACGUGUAUACUGGACGCUGUUCAUUGCUCCAUCGAACGUCUAAUUGAUGACACUGAAAAAAUCAUGGAUGAUACAGUGAGUGGACACGCGAGCUCAUAUAUUGCGGGAGUCAUGCGCCCAGUCUAUAACCAUUGCAUGCAACAAAGUGGAACGGGAAGUGAUUCGCGUCGAAAGCAAACCAUGAAUCGUCAUCUCAGUUCACGUAGUCUGUUCCAAGACUUUGCUGACAAUAUUGCCCUCGACUAUGAAGAAAUGAUCGACGAAGCAUUUGAACAGUUAAAUCAGAAGCUUAGCGAGGAGGUUGCUACUAUUACCCGAGAUUUACAUGCUACGGUCACUGUGGAGGGAGAAAUCUCUGAAGCUGGACAGCAUCCCGAAUGUACAGAAGGAGUCAAGCGAGGGGUGGAAACAUGCCAAACAGCUUUGGCAAAUGCUCAGACGAUCGUGCUAGGGUUGAGCUGAGCGAGUGACACGAAGGUGUCCAUACACAUUUCAUCGGCAAGUAGUGACAGGAGGAAUAGAUUGUCGCGGUAUAUUACAGUGGUUUGAUGUGACCGGAGGGCUUGUUCAGUGAAAUACAGACUAAAGAAUGUUCAAGGAUGCUUUUCUCUUUUGACUAUCAAGACAAUAUAGCGGCCUUUGCAUGGUCUAUCUAUCAAGGCAUUUCAUACUUUCUCGUCACUUCUUAAUUUGUGUCAUAUGUGUCGCAAUCUGAGAGCAUAGGCAGCAGAGAACAUGAAUGAUGUUAUGAUUUGAAGAU